AUGGCAACGGCUGCCGUGUCGAACAGCGCGGACUACGCGACUUUGUCUGCCAAUCUCCGGGUCGAGUUGAAGGAGUGGGAGAGAGGGUUCGCGGCAGCCAACGAUGGGAAGAAAGCUGAGCGGGGUGAUAUUAAGAAGGUUCCAGAGAUUGCUGCUAAAUAUAAAGAAUAUUCCCGAUUAAAGGCUCUCGAAGCGAAAGGCUCACAACCUACACAACUAGAAGAGCGCCCUAAAAAACGAAAACAUACAUCGCCGACAGGGCCCGAAAAUUCGCAGACCACAUCUACACCACGAAAAGCAUCCAAGAGUCUCUUCGAGACACCGUCGAAAGUACGAGCCACAAGAGCCCAUCCGUCCGAAAUCGAUCCCUAUGACUCCCCAUCAGCGUUGCGGAGGCUUUUUAGCCCAAGUUCACAUAUGCAAAAGCCUUCGCCAUUGAAGGCUGCAGUUGGACCCACACCCCAGCGGGAUGGCAAGGCCCUUGGCUUGUUCGAUUUACUAUCCGAAUCUGGCGGUAGCACUGCGACACCAUCUGCGACGAGGGUGGCAUCGACACGUGGAGAGGUGGCUCAAACACCCUCGAAGAAAAAGCCUAUGGAUACUAUCGCGGAAGAGGAGGAGGAAGAGGAAAGCCCGCGAGGCGCGCGCACGCCCGCAUCAUCUGGGAAGAAGUACAUGCUUGCGAAUCUGUUCGCGACACCGACGACACUACGCUAUGCCGCGAUGGUGGAGGAUGAAGAAACAAAAGCCGCGGAAUAUGAAAAACAGACAGCUGUUAAUGGGGCUACCCAAGGAGGCGUGGGAUCGGACACACCUUCAUUCCUCCGACGUUCGAAUUCAGGACGCUACGGUGGAUCCAAUGCUGCGCUGGAUGGCUCCGGACUCAGUCCCAUGGGGGUGCGAAAACGACCGCAAUUUGUUGGAAAGGGACUGUCGGCUAUCGUUCAAGGAUUACGAGAUAUGGAGGAAGAACGCCUCGAAGACGAUUUGGAUGCACUCCGUGAAAUGGAAGCGGAGGCAGAGGGCAUGAACGUUGAUGUGGCGGAUAGCCAACCCCCGGAGAAUAAUACCGGUCGACCAUACAAGAAGAAGGGACAAAAGAGAACCACGCGCAGGGUGCGCAUGAAGCCAGUGCUCUCAAAACCUAAGCCCGAACCGCGACUAGGAGAACAGGAUAGUGACGAUGGCGGAGAUGACGAGGAGCCCGCCGCAAUUCCAGAUACACAACUACCAAACAUCGCCGAGGAAGAUGAGGGCGGCCACGACACCGACGAAGCUUCACUUCAUACCAUGUCAGAGCCAGACAUCGACUCUGAUCCCGACUAUGGCGACGAGAAACCUAAGAGCUUCUCCGAGAAGAUGAAAGAGGCCAUUUCGGUUUCCGGGAAGGGAAGUCAGGAGCGUCAAGAAAAGGCACCGCCACCUGCCACGAAGAAAGAAGAGACCAAGAAGGCUCCUGGUCGUCCGCGAAAGGUCAAUCCCGAAGCGCAUGCCAACUACCGUUCUUUGAAGAUUCGAAGCAGGGGGUCCAGAGGACGAGGCGGUGCACGCUUCGGCAGGAGAUAG